AUGGUUGGAGGUUCCAUAGUAGGGUUGCAAGAACACCUCAAGUUAGCCCGAGACUACGCUCUAGAAGGGCUCUACGAUACCUCCAUUAUCUUCUUCGACGGUGCCCUUGCCCAGAUCAACAAACACCUAAGCACCGUCGAGGACCCUUUAAUUCGCGCGAAAUGGAUGAAUGUGAAGAAGGCGCUUUCGGAAGAAACCGAAGUUGUGAAGCAGUUAGAUUCAGAGAGAAGGGCUUUCAAAGAUAACCCCAUUGGAAGACGCGCUGCUUCGCCUCCCAUUUCUGCCAAGUCCUCGUCUUUUGUUUUUCAGCCGUUGGAUGAGUACCCCACUUCAUCAAGCGGUCCUGGUCCUAUUGAUGAUCCUGAUGUAUGGCGGCCGCCCAGUAGGGAUACCAGUAGGAGACCCGCCAGGUCCGGUCAAGUGGGUACCCGGAAAUCUCCCCAAGAUGGGGCCUGGGCACGAGGUUCUACUACUAGAAGUGGUACCACUGGGCGUGGUGGUGCUAAAGGUGGUGCUACUAGUAGGGUUAACUCGGGGACACGAGCAUCCACUGCUGGAAAGAAAGGCAAUGUUUCUGGAAAGUCUAGCAAGACGGAUACGGCAGCUGUAACUAAUGGACAGAAUGGUGAUGCUGAAGAUGGUAAGUCAAAGAAGGGUCAAUAUGAAGGUCCUGAUCCUGAAUUGGCUGCAAUGCUUGAAAGGGACGUGUUAGAAACCUCUCCUGGAGUUAGAUGGGAUGAUGUUGCAGGGCUUACUGAAGCAAAAAGGCUUCUAGAAGAAGCUGUUGUGCUUCCCUUGUGGAUGCCUGAAUAUUUCCAGGGAAUCAGGAGACCAUGGAAAGGUGUUCUUAUGUUUGGACCUCCAGGAACUGGGAAGACACUUCUUGCUAAAGCAGUUGCUACUGAAUGUGGGACCACUUUCUUCAAUGUAUCUUCUGCAACUUUAGCUUCUAAAUGGCGUGGUGAGAGUGAGCGCAUGGUGCGGUGUUUGUUUGAUCUUGCAAGAGCAUAUGCACCAAGCACAAUAUUCAUUGAUGAAAUUGAUUCUCUGUGCAAUGCUAGGGGGGCAUCUGGAGAGCAUGAAUCGUCUAGAAGGGUGAAAUCUGAACUUCUAGUUCAGGUUGAUGGUGUAAGCAAUAGUGCCACAAAUGAAGAUGGUAGCCGUAAAAUAGUAAUGGUUUUGGCCGCUACUAACUUCCCAUGGGAUAUAGAUGAGGCACUAAGGAGAAGGCUGGAAAAACGUAUAUAUAUUCCUCUUCCAAAUUUUGAGAGUCGUAAAGAGCUGAUCCGGAUAAAUUUGAAGACUGUUGAGGUGGCGGCUGAUGUCAAUAUAGAUGAAGUGGCUCGUCGGACAGAGGGCUAUAGUGGAGAUGAUUUGACUAAUGUCUGUCGUGACGCUUCCUUGAAUGGUAUGAGGCGUAAGAUAGCAGGAAAGACUCGUGACGAAAUCAAAAACAUGUCCAAGGAUGAGAUUUCAAAGGAUCCUGUUGCCAUGUGUGAUUUUGAAGAAGCUUUGGUAAAGGUCCAACGAAGUGUUUCUCAGGCUGACAUUGAACGCCAUGAGAAGUGGUUUACCGAGUUUGGAUCAGCAUAA